UCGCUAAGGAGAAAUCUGCACACUCAGCAAGCUUUAAUUAACCUGGCCUUCACAGUAAGAAUAGCUUUCCUUCAGGCCUUAUUUCUGAUGAGGUAGACUGUUCAUUUCACACCAGAGGAGACCAAAAUCAAUCACCAAAGCUAUCUCAAAUAUGAGUUUCCAUGACCCCCUCUUCAAGCUGUUCCAAGUUGGGUUCACGUUCUGGUUGGGACUGAUUGCUUACAGCUUCAUCUCGGCUCUCUUCAACUUAUGCAUCUUCCGUAAAACAUACCUUGAAAUCCUUCGAUAUUUGUAUAGGCUGUUAGGGUUCAAGAUAAGGUCAUCCUUCCAGGCCAACAAUCUUGAAGAUCGCCGUGGUUCCCUUUCUGUGCCUCGAACAAGAUCGUUUGCUACCUUCAGGCACACCUUUAAGAUUGACGAUGCUUGCAGUUUUGUCACCGACGGAAUUGGGGUGAUAGUGGAUGAUGAGGUGACCAAGAGCUUCUCUACGGAGGAGGUGGAGGAAUGGAACUUCCUCACCCGAACACAGGUGCAUGUCAGUAUGAGUUUGAAGGUGGAGCUCCUCCUACUCCUGUCCAUUGUCUUCAGGUUUGGACUGUUUUUCUUCGUAAGAUUGCCGAUAGGUAUUGUGAGCUUGCUCUGGCUGUUGGGGACUAUGUGUGUCUUCUCUGUCCUCAACAGCGUCUGCCCCCACUCUCCACUAAAGAAUAAGGCUGAGCGCUACUGUUCCAUCGUCUGCUGUAGACUACUAGCACAGACCUUCUCUGCAGUUAUCAGCAUUCACAAUCCAGAGAAUCGAGCCAAACUGGGUACUGUGUGCGUGGCAAACCACACCACUCCUGUCGACAUCAUCAUGGUAGCUCAGGACAACUGCUUCACACUGGUUGGUCAGAAGCACGGUGGCUUCACUGGUCUCAUCCAGAAGGCUUGCUCACUGGCACAACGCCACAUAUGGUUUGAGAGAAAGAUUGCCGAUGACAGACAUAUGGUGGCUAAAAGGUUGAAAGAACACAUUUCCCAGCCAUCAAAUAAUCCCAUCCUCAUCUUCCCUGAAGGAACUUGCAUCAACAAUACUGGGGUCUUCAUGUUCAAGAAAGGAUGCUUUGAGCUAGGUGCCACCAUCCAUCCUGUCGUCAUAAAGUAUCGUCGAGAAUUUGCAGAUCCAUUCUGGAACUCACAGAAAGAGGGACUUCUGAUGUAUGUGUUUUCUCUGAUGACAAGCUGGGCCGUGGUCUGUGAAGUGUACUACCUUGAGCCCACCACUAUUCAGGAAAAUGAAACGGCUAUUGAAUUUGCACAACGAGUUAAAGCCAACAUAUGUCACCACGGAGGCCUUGUGGACCUUCCCUGGGAUGGUAUGAUUAAGAGACCGGGAAAUGAGAGCUAUCUCAGGAAGAUGGUCGAAGAGGAACGAAAAGCGUACUGUGAAGUGUUGGAACUUGCGAGUGAUGGAGUGCAUGUAGCUACCCAAUCUAGUGAUAGUGAAACUGAUUCUGAACAAUAAAGUAAACUCCUGAAAUAAUGACUGACCUAAGUGUGAUUUCUGAUUAAUGUACCACAGGUAAUUACAUUCUGUUGCCAUGGAAUUUCAUAUCCCGGAA